CCAUGCAACCAACGUUCUAGCGCCCUCCUUGCAGAAAAAGGGAUCAUGAGUAGUUUCCUUCGUCAAAGGUCCAUUUAUGCCACAGAAGAUCGAAUUGUUUUCGACAUUGGUUCCAUCUACAUAAAGUGCGGGUUCUCAAAUGAGCCACAACCACGUCAUAUCCUGCCAACCUGCACACCGAUAGCGUACGCAGACUCAACAGAAGGAUGUCGUAUCGGUGGCAAGCUGGAACCACUGUGGGAUCUCAACAUCACGCCAACUGAACUGGGAUAUAUGCGACGAAGAUUAUCACAAGUGCUUCGAGAUGCAUAUUACAAGUACCUGUUGAUAGAUCCCAAGACGCGCAAAGUGAUACUUUGUGAGAGUCCGCUGUUGCCAUUACCGAUCAAGCAGACAAUUGCCGAUAUUCUCUUUACUGAGCUAGAGAUCCCGUCCUUAACCUUUGUCCCCUCUCCAUUGGCUGCCCUUUUAACCGUCGGUAAAUUGACAGGUCUAGUUAUAGACUGUGGUAACCUUGAAACGAGCAUUGUACCUAUCUAUGAAGGGAGACCCCUGAUCUAUUACAUUGAGUCCCUGCCUUUAGCAGGUCGAUCAAUAACAGAGCGUCUCAAAUUGCUGGUUAAGCAUCAUGGCCGCCUGCUACAACAUGAGGAUGAAGAAUCUGACGUGCUAUUACCAGAAGAUUUACUCGACUCCCUUCCGCUGGACUUUUGGGAGGAAAUCAAGGCUCAAAUGUGCCUUGUGGGCGAUCGACCGUCAGCAACCGAUAUCGUCGACGGCACAACAAGUCGAACCACUGCGGGAGAGUACACACAUAUGCAAUAUCAUAGCUCUGCUACUUCAAUGGUGCAUCGCAUCAAUGUUACCGAUAGGAUGUGGGUCCCUGGCUGGGUCCGGGAGCGAGCGACUGAAGUCCUUUUCGAAGGAGAUGAUGAUGCGAGAUCCAUAGCCACCAUUGUGGCUGAUGUUAUGCUUAAAUGCCCCGCAGACAUUCGGACCGAGCUAGCACAGACGAUUCUGCUCAUAGGAGGCACUAGUAUGCUGCCCGGGUUCCAGCGAAGGCUGCAAGAAGAAAUCAUGCACGCAUUGGAAGACCUAAAGCAGUAUCAGAAGCUGAGGAGACUUGCUAUUAAAGUCAAAAUUGUACAAUCGGUCUUCGCGCCGAAUAGUAUGGCAUGGGUUGGUGGAUCCCUGGCAGGUGCUCUGAAGGUCGGUGGGAAGGAAAUACUUAGGACGGCCCCAUCAAUACCGGAUUGGACACACUUACCUAAUGGAGCAGAAGCUGAACGCUGACCUACAUAUUAUGUUACAUCAGGGUUCCACAUGCUUCGAUUACAACGGCAUAUAGAUACAGAAACCUUUAUUUCUAUUUAUGACCCGCAAAAACAUUUACAAAAUACAAUAUUUUCUUUGACCUUCCUCGGCUUCUUCGCGAAGUAGUGCGACGGAUUGCCGACACAAAACCGACACCAUGACUUCAUAAAUAAUAAAGUUUAACGACGGUAUGGCUGGUACCUGUUACCACCGCCGCUACCUCCGAAGCCUCGACCUCCGCCGCGAC